AAGGGUGCUGUUACCCAAUCAUCGCUCUCUUUCUCUUGGGGUAUGACAGCGAGCGGAGCUCCGUCCAUACCUUCAAGACAAAUCUAGGCCUGAAGCCUGCUAACUUCAACCAAAUACAAAACGGUCUCUAAAGGAGAACACCGACUGUUGCCGUUCAUUCCUUCAGCUCAACCAUCUGCACAAUGAAGAUCAUCAUAUUCUUGGUACUGGCCGGUCUCAGCCUCGCUCAGGAAGAAAUCAAUUGUCCAGAACCACCAACUCCUAAAGAUAAAAAAGAGUGCUUGAUUGAAGCUUUCAAGGAAGGUUCAAAUUUCACGAAAUCAUAUACAAAAUAUAUGUGUGAAUACCGGGGAAAGUUUGAAGACAAUAGGGAAAAUCACGAUAAAGCUGCCAGAGACGCAUUUAUGACAAUGGCUUGUGCCGGUUGUGUCCCCGAUGACUUUCUUGCCACAGGCAAAACAUUUGAGGAAAUAUUAGAAAAUACUGGGAAGCUUGAAGCAGAAAUAUUAAUCAUUGCAGAAAAGAUUGCAGACAUACUAGGACUGACUGAAGGUGUGUUCAAUGUAAUAUGCAAUCUGGUCGGAGAUGUCUUGGCAUCAGAAUGUACAGAAAGGAUCCUAAAGGAUAAUACUCCUGGGCUCAUAAAAACGCUAGUCGAGCUGUUCUGUAAGAAUGACCCAAAAGCAUUAAGUGUAGAUCAGAUGAUAGAUCUCUUGAGCAAUAUUGGUUGCUUUGGAGAUGACGCUCUUCACACUAAAGAUAUAUUGGAAAAAUUACUGAAAGGCUCUGGUGAAAAUCUUAAGACGGUACUUACAGGGGUUAUUGACACAAUUAAGGACCUUCUCGUACAAAAAGGAUUAGUAAGCGAUCUUACAUGUGAUUUGACUGAGGUUGUUUCAGGUGAAGACUCGAUGCUAGAAUUUGAUGGUGUUGUUGGAGGAGGUGGUAGAGGUUUACUUCUUCUUGAUCCUAAUGUUUUAUAGAAGACAUCCCCCGACCAUCCCCCACACACGGGACGUUGGACAUAAAUAGUAGAAGAGUAGAAAGUGCGCAAUAAAAAAGACAAAAAAAAACCCAUAAAACCAUAAAUUCAUCUUUUGGUUUUCUUGAUAAUGAACAAAACAGUUUCUUAUAAAUUUUGUUUCUUCCGAUCAAUA